AGGAUGGUUCAUCCUAUCCUUAACCCCACACAUGGAAAAUUACUCCUAAUCAGAAAUCCAACAUUCUAAUGUGGUUUCUGUUUCCAAGCUCAAAAAUUCAACUUCCACUAUUAAAUCCACUUCAACUAAACCCUCCCUCUCCCGCCACCGCCACCGCCACCGCCACCGCAUCCCAACCCUAACAAACUCACAUGCCCAUCUUCCCCUCCACACCACCGCCACCGCCACCGCCAAAUCCCGAUUCCACCGCCACAUUAUAUGCGAAAUUGCCUCGUCCAAUUCCUGACCUCCUCCUCCUCCCCCUCAAUGUUCUCCUCCCCUUUCAUUCUAACAUUCUCCCUCCUCCUCUCCCUCCCAAUCCUCUUCCUCCUAGCUCCCCGCCUCCUCCCUCCCCGCCCUCCGCCUUCCAUCUCCCCUUCCGAUGAGCAAGAUGACCUCUCCCUCUUCCGCCGCGCCAUCUCCCUCUCUAACCCUACCUCUUUCUCCCACCUCUCCUCCCCUUCCCCCAAAUUGAAAAUCGCCUUCCUGUUCCUCACCAACACCGAUCUCUACUUCUCACCGCUCUGGACCCAAUUCUUCAACUCCGGUCAACAGCAUCUCUACAAUAUCUACAUCCACGCUGACCCAUCUGUUAACAUCACCCGCCCUAACGCCCGUGAUUCUGUUUUUAAUGACCGUCAUUUUAUCACCCACGCUAAACGCACCUACCGUGCUUCCCCCACUCUGAUCUCCGCCACUCGCCGCCUCUUCGCCACCGCCAUCCUCGACGAUCCGGCUAAUGCCUACUUUGCUGUUUUGUCUCAGUACUGUAUCCCUCUACAUUCUUUUAGUUAUGUUUAUAACUCUCUUAUUUCGUCCAAUUCGUUCGAUCUGGCAUCUUCCGAGUCAACUCAGUACGGGGUUCGAGUACGGUUUAAGAGUUUUAUCGAGAUUAUCUCGAAAGAACCGCGGCUUUGGAAGCGGUACAUUGCGCGGGGGAGGUAUUCGAUGAUGCCUGAGGUUUCGUUUGAGAAAUUUCGAGUUGGGUCUCAGUUUUUUGUGUUGACUCGCCGUCAUGCUUUGAUGGUGAUUAAAGAUCAGAGUUUGUGGAAGAAAUUCAAGCAGCCUUGUUAUAAGGCUGAUGAAUGUUACCCAGAAGAGCAUUAUUUUCCUACUUUGUUAUCAAUGGCGGAUCCCAAAGGAUGCACUCAUUACACGUUGACUAGGGUUAAUUGGACUGGCACUACCAAUGGUCAUCCCUACACUUACGGGCCUAGCGAGAUAAUGCCCGAGUUGAUUCGUGAGCUAAGAAAAUCGAAUCAUUCGAGUUCUUACUUGUUUGCCAGGAAAUUCUCUCCUGAUUGUUUGAAACCCUUGCUGAAACUUGCUGACAAAGUCAUUUUCCGGGAUUGAAAAGAAGUCGUAUUUCCCGGCGAAUAAAGAUUUUCCGAAGAUGGAUAGUAGGAAAUGUAAGAUUCUUGGAGUCAAGCUCAUUGGGGAUGAAGUUUGAAGAGGCAAAAGUGCCCAGAAACCGUUAACCCAAAAUGUUCCAACACUAAAACGGUUUCUUUGUAGCUAAGAAGAAAGGGAUAUAUGCAGAAAGGAAGAAAUGAAAGGGUGCAUUUUGAUGGUGUAAAUGAGCAGCUUUGUUGUGUGUUGUGUAUAUAAAGUGAAUGAGAUAUAUGAAUGUGGGAGUUGUAUUCUGUAUUUCAUAGGGCAAGCGAAUCGAUACUGCAAAACAAAUGUGAGAACACAUCUCUUCUUUUCUCUUUCAAAAUUUUGUUAUUCUUUUAAAAACUUCCAUUCACAUUUUUACUGUA